CACAGUCACCGCUUAGUCGCAGUCGGAGCAUUUUCAGAUCUGUUACGUUUGUCAGGACAGCUACAGAACCAGAAGUGCAGGUUGUGUCCUGUCCUCUGCAUCUUAUGCAGCGAAAAUAAUUUAUGAGGAGUCGUUGGAGGUACUUUACGGACUGCGUUUAAUGUCGUACAGCACAUUUAAAUAUACAUCGUUUAAAUGCAGAAGCAGGCGAAGUGUUUUAGUGUCGGGGGAUUAAACUAACUGCUUGUUGUGUCACCGGUUGUUCGCGGCUGCUGUUGACAAGUCCAAAGUUCAUCGAUGCAGGCUGAACAAAAACUCACUGAUCGAGUUUCAAUGGCAUCCUCUCCAACAACAGUCCCUCACUGCUGUGUCGACAAUGAACUGUGGAAAGGCUCAAGCACUGACUGAAGGAUGGCAAGGUUUAGGCGCAAAUCUUGCAUCACAUUACUUGCUUUGGUGUUGCUAGUCCUCAUUAUAACUGUGGUCUUGAAAGGGCUCACACCAGAGGACUCUGCCUUCAGCAGCCCUGAGGGUGCCAAUCUGUUCCCUGAGAGAAAGAAUGACAAUCAGAUCCCAAGAGAAAACAACCAGAAACCUGACCAGACCAAAAUGAAUGACUACGCUAAGUCAGACAAAGAUAAAGAACUGGAGGCUACACUGAGGAAGUUUCCUCCUCCAAACUACUACCUCCAUGCCUUCUACUACACAUGGUAUGGGAACCCCAAGUUUGAUGGCAAAUACAUUCACUGGGACCAUCCACAGCUGCCACACUGGGACUUUAAGGUAGCUCAGGGUUAUCCACAAGGGAGACACAGCCCACCUGAUGACAUUGGGGCCAACUUUUACCCUUCUCUAGGAGCUUACAGUUCCAGGGACCCCUCCGUUAUAGAAGCUCAUAUGCAGCAGCUACGUACAGCAGCUAUUGGCGUCAUUGCUGUUUCCUGGUAUCCUCCUGAUAUGAAGGAUGACAAUGGCGAGCCAACAGAUGACAUUGUGCCUUUGCUGUUGGAAGUGGCUCAGAAAUACCAUAUUAAGGUAGCUUUUCACAUAGAACCAUACAAAGGGAGAGAUGAAGCCAAUAUGUUCUCCAAUGUCAAAUACAUCAUAGAGAAAUAUGGCGAGCAUCCUGCUUUCUUCAAGUACCGCACCAACAAUGGUAAGCUCCUUCCACUCUUCUAUGUGUAUGACUCAUAUUUGAUGAACUCUGAGCAGUGGGCCAAACUGCUAAAACACACAGAGAGUAACAGCAUCAGGGACACCCCGUAUGAUGCCAUCUUCAUUGCCCUGCUGGUAGAGGAGAAACAUAAGAGGGAUAUCCUGACAGCAGGUUUUGAUGGUGUCUACACCUACUUUGCCACUAAUGGGUUCUCCUAUGGGUCCACUCAGCGGAACUGGGACUCUAUUAAAGCGUUCUGCGAAGAUAACAACCUGAUAUUCAUCCCAAGUGUGGGCCCAGGGUACAUUGACACAAGCAUCCGACCCUGGAACUUCCAAAACACUCGAAACCGCAUCAACGGGAAAUACUAUGAAACCUCGCUGAGUGCUGCGUUGCAAGCCAGGCCUGAUUUUAUCUCGAUAACAUCUUUUAAUGAAUGGCACGAGGGGACUCAGAUCGAAAUGGCGAUUCCCAAAACGAGCCAGACUGUUUAUCUGGACUACCUGCCCAAUAAACCUGCAAUCUACCUGGAGAUAACUCGCAAAUGGGCUGCGAUAUUUGGCGGUGAGCGCCGAAAGUGGCAGGAAUGAUCCGACCAAGAGCCAUAGAAGAUGUUUAUUCAUGGUGGAACAAUAUAUUUACAUAAAAGCUAAAUUAAGUUCUAGUUGUAGAAUGGACAACAACAUGCAAAUGAUGAGUAAUUGUAUGAGAAAAGCCAAAUGAUUUGCAAAGCCACAGGCAAGUGAACUACUUCAUUAUCUUAAUUUUAGCUGCAGUGAUGUCUGUUAUUUUUUACACUCAGAUGAAUUAUUGAAUUAACUGAUGUCUUAUUACUUCUUGCACAUUUUGGGAUUCAUAACUUUAUCAGCAUGUUUUAUCACCGUCUCCAACGUAUCCAUCUGAAACUGUGCAUAGGCAUGAUUUGCCUUCCUGUAAUUUGUGACUAUAUUAAACCUGACUAGAAAUAAAUAAAGUGCACCCUGGAAAAGGA